AUGGCUGCUGCUACCGCCACGCCCUCUCCCAACCCCACACAAAAACUCAAUGUAUCUCGUCGAAUAAGGGCCGUGGGCCGCCGUCGGCGUGCAGGAGAGGAAGACGUCGGCGAGGGCGGCGCCAAUAGCACCGUGGAGUUGGUUAACGACGACUCGCUUACGGAAGGCUCUAUCGCCAGCGAUGAGCAAGACGCGGUGCACGACAGUGAUACCAGUAAUGUGGACGAUGCAUCACCAACCGUUCCGGCACACGACAAACGACCGGUUGCUCGGACAGGCGGAGGACAAGGAUAUGCGCGUGGCAAUGGGGCAACCGGCGGAUCCGCACUGCGAACACCGGCCGAUGCGGCGGACAGCACCGUGGAUGCAGCCGCAAAGGCGUCCUCGACAUCCGCUCCUUCGAGCCAGCCACAAUCUACGGCACCUUCCAUCAAACAGCCCCAGCCUGCCAUUGUUUCGUCGUCGUCAGUUCAACCGCCUCGGCGGGAGACGGCGUACGAUCGACAACGUCGGGAACACGACCUCUACAAACAGCGGAGAGACGAAGAUCCUUCAUUUGUACCGAACCGAGGUGCCUUCUUUAUGCACGAUCAUCGCGGUGCUGGCCCUGCUGCCAAUGGCUUCAGACCGUUUGGUAGGCCUGGACGAGGUGGUCGCCGUGGCGGCUUUGGUGGAUCGUUCUCCCCUAUGCAUAAUCAAUUCCACAAUCAGGCCGAUCCCAUUGCCAGCCAACCGUGGACUCAUGACAUGCACGAAGCGGUCACGCAACCGAACCCAUCACGCCUGUCGAUCCCCCGCCGCCAGAAUUAUGACGCUGUCAACCACUACGCGAACAGCCAGUACGCCGGGAGUCAGUAUGCCGAAAGUCAAUACGCUGGGAGUCAGUAUGCUGGGAGCCAGUAUGCCGGAAGCCAAUAUGGUGGCAGCCAAUUUGGUGGCACCCGCGUCCCUCCCCCCGUGGCCGUCAUUCCGACAUGUCCACCGAGCUCCACGCCCAUCAACAGGUCCAUGUCGGUCGAGAAGCCACUGGGUAUCGUGACCGUCCGCGUUUUCUUCCCGCCGAUGAAGGAGCCCGCCUUUUUUGAAAAGUUCAAGGCCAUGCAAUACACCAAACUACCAGACCACCGGCCCCCGCUGCGGCGAGACAAGGCUGUUGUCAUCGAUUUGCCAGGCCAUCCAAAACGGCAAAUCUUCCCAGCAGUAGACCGGUCGUUUAUUUUUAUUCCUCGCGCAUUGCGACCCAAUCAGCAGCGCACCCGCGGUGGUCGCAACAAGUCUGUUAUGGGCUCCGUGUCGGGUUUCUCGCGCCGCACAAGUGUCUUUGGUGGAAGCUAUUACAACGGCAGCAUGUAUUCCCCCAGUGUCGCUCUUAGUCGUCGUUCGUCUAUUGCCCAAGACACCGGGAGGGACUUCAUUAUAUCACCAGCCGGCUCGGUUAUUUCCCGCCCGCCCAUGGCGAUGGAAAACACAGCCCGUCCGGUCCCUUCGGAGACUUCUUCGCUCAGUAGCGUCCCACCGCCUCAGCACCAUCCACUGCCGCAGAAGCCGACGUUCCAAGAAAACCGACCAAGUCUCAGUCUGCCUAUGCACCAACCCCGGCCGCAGAAAGCUGUUUCCGUCGAAAAUAUCGAAUCCCCCGCCGCGCUUGGUGCCAUGCAGCCUUCAGCGCCGCAGCCGUACUCUAUGGCAUUCCACCAGCAGGUGCCUAUUUCAAUGCCGUCUGGCUACCCGCCCGCUGAAUCGCACUCGCGGCAUCCAUCAUAUCAAUCCCACACCACGGGCACGCCUUUAUCACAAAUUCCCGAACGGGCCAUCCACGCUGCUCCUUUCCAGCCAAACAUGCCAGGCCAGCAACAGAUGUCAUACCCGCAGCAAAACAACAUAGGCACGCCUGGCGGGCCAGCGUAUUACGCCGGCGCCCCAGGUAGUUAUGUCAUGCAACCUGCGCAGCAGCAAGGAUACUACUACGCCACUCCAACAACGUACCCGUCAACUAUGACCUCCGGAGCCAACAUGCCAGGCUUCGUCCCUAGUGGCGCGCCACAAGGUCCCGUGUCCGCUUAUGGCCAACCAGGUCAAGUUGAUGCAUCCGGCGGAGCGAGUGCUGGCCCUCGCAACAUGGUCGCACAGGAGGUGAAUGGGAUGGUAUAUUACGUGGAUGCUUCCCAGAUGCCCUCGGUACCAACCUAUCCGGGAUAUGCCCAAGCACCGGCACCGCAAGGCGGAUUCAUGUCCGGUAUGGGCACCAUGGUCACGCCGGCACCUGCUGAAGGAUACUACUAUGGAGGGCAACCUGGCAUGAUGUACUAUCCGCAGUAA